UGUGCAUAUAUAUGAGCAGUGCUAUAGUUAGGAUGGAAAAGUUUCCUGCGAGGAGGAGGAGAACAGGGAUCGUAGAUCAUGGCUGAAGAUCUGGUUCUUGAUAGUUUUGACCUCGAAUGCAGCAUCAAUAACCGCAACCAUCACACUGGAGACACCGGCUGCCGCAGAUUGGUUGUCCGUAGAGGACAGUCCUUUCAGAUAACCCUGACAUUUACUACACGGCAUUACCAGGAGGGUGUGGAUCGGCUAGCAAUCAAUGUGACCCCAAGUCCCUGUCCCUCUGAAUCCUCUGGUACCCAAGCUCACAUCCCAGUGGGAGAUGCCCUUCAGGAUGGAGUGUGGAGUGCAGCUGUGAGCAGCAAUAAUGGGGAGACAGUGCAACUGUCCAUCAACUCUCCCCCUGAUGCUCGCAUUGGAUACUACAACCUCUCAUUAGAGGCCUCUACUGGGUACCAAGGAACCAGUUUCUAUAUUGGUGAUUUCAUCCUGUUGUUCAACCCCUGGUGCCCUGAGGACUCUGUUUAUAUAGAAGACAAGGAGCAGCGGAAAGAAUAUGUGCUAACUCAACAUGGAAUCAUCUAUCAGGGGACCAAGGACUUGCCCAAUGGUGUCCCAUGGAACUUUGGACAGUUUGAAGAUGGCAUUGUGCAAUCCUGUCUCCAGCUUUUAGACACCAGUCCAAAGUUCCAAAAGGACUCCAUCAGGGACUGUUCUCGUCGAAAUGACCCUGUUUAUAUCUGUCGUGUAGUGAGUGCCAUGGUGAACUGCAAUGAUGACAGUGGAGUGUUAUAUGGUCGUUGGGACAACCAGUAUAAUGAUGGAAUCAGCCCUAUGUUCUGGAUCGGCAGUGUUGACAUUCUGCGGCGCUGGAAGAAGUAUGGCUGCCAAGCUGUGCGAUAUGGACAGUGCUGGGUUUUUGCUGCUGUGGCCUGUACAGUCUUGCGGUGCCUGGGCAUUCCCUCUCGAGUCAUCACUAACUACAACUCUGCUCAUGAUACGAACAGUAACCUGGUGAUUGAACAGUAUCUGGACGAACAAGGCAAUAGACAGAGGAGGCAAAAAGAUAUUAUCUGGAAUUUCCACUGCUGGGUGGAAUCGUGGAUGAAACGCCCAGAUCUGGGUGAUGCUUACAAUGGAUGGCAGGCUGUUGACCCAACUCCACAGGAGAAGAGUGAAGGAACAUAUUGCUGUGGACCAGCCCCUGUAACCGCUGUUAAAGAAGGAGACCUGGAUCUAAAGUAUGAUGUACAGUUCCUCUUUGCUGAAGUGAAUGCUGAUGUGAUAUAUUACAUAGAACAGAAAGAUGGGACCACUAAGCAAACUGUCUUCACCAACCAAGUUGGGCAGAAGAUCAGCACCAAGGCAGUGGGAAAGGACAGCCGGGAAGAUAUCACACACAACUACAAAUACCCUGAGGGCUCUGAAGAUGAACGACGAGUCUUUGAAAAAGCCAAACAGCAGACUGGGAUAUCGGAUCCAGAGAAGCAAGAAAAGCCCCCCUCAGGUGUCAGUAUCAAAAUUAAGGUUUCAGAAGGGAUGAACAUUGGCUGCGAUUUUGAUGUGUUUGCUGUUAUCUACAAUAACACUGAAGAGGAGAAAGAUUGUCGGCUGAUGUUUUGUGCACGUACAGCUAGUUAUACUGGAGAAGUGGGACCAGAAUGUGGGAGGAAGGACCUUCUAAAUGUCAAACUGCCAGCACAGGAAGAAAAGACAGUACCUCUACGAGUUCUCUAUGAAAAAUAUGGCUGUAGUUUGAUGCAGGACAACAUAAUCAAGUUAAUGGCCCUUUUACAAGAGUAUUCGACCAAAGACUUUCUCCUAGCCAUAAGGGACGUUCAUGUAAAGAACCCAGACAUCAAAGUUCGGGUCCUCGGAGAGCCCAUGCAGAAGAGGAAGCUUGUGGCUGAGAUCACUUUGAAAAAUCCUCUGUCAGAGCCACUUGAUGGAUGUAAAUUCACUGUGGAGGGAGCAGGACUAACAGAGGGGCAGAUUGUAGAGAUGCUUGACUGCCCUGUUGAGCCUGGGCAGGAUGCCAAGGUGCGAGUGGAUCUUCUACCCCAGCUGUCAGGCUAGAAGUUAGUUGUGGAUUUUGAAAGUGACCAUCUGAAAGGAGUGAAGGGUCAUCGAAAUAUCAUUAUAUCCCCUCUUCCUAAGUGAGAACCUACAGAUGAUGAAACUGGAUGCCCACUAGCUCCAAAAAACAUGACAUACAUGUCCUAUAAUGUGAGCGCCCAUAUACACAAAUAUAUAUUGUUUGCUACAUUAUGUUACAUUACUGUAUAUUAUCUCUGUUGGUGAUGUUUCAUGAAUCGUCAGUUGAAUAGAAGAAAACCAGAGCAUACAUAUGUAACUCACUUGGGCUUUGGCAUUGUAGUGUUUGCUCUUGCUUAGCAUUUCAGCUAUAUAAACCUGUUACCUGUAGGACCCCAUAGCUGGGUAAUAUUCUGUUUCUGUGAUGCUGUAAAUAAGUUUUUAUUUUUUUAUUUUAUUCAAGCAAUAAAGAAACAAUUUAUAUGAA